GUGUACUAGUCCCUCAUACCUCACUGAAACCCAAUUCAUCACACAAAUCGCAAUACCUAUAUUCUCUUCUCACGCUUCGCAUACGCAAUCUCUCACUAAUUCUCCUCCUCCGCCCAACUUCCCAUCUCCUCCUUUCAUCGCUCAUUCGUUACAAGUCCCUGUCUGUCUUGCUUUCAAGUUUCACGAUGUUUUGUUAUCGACUCAUGGAAUUGCUUUUCUCUUCUCUCUUUUUUGACGUCAUAAAUGGGUAUUCUGGCUAACCCUUCUUUGGAUACAUGGAUGUCUUGCUUUACUCUCUUUUUGUUUAGGGGGGGUGGGGUGGGGGGGCAUACAGAGGAUGCCUAGGACUAGGAUUGUCUUUUUUGAGUUUAAUUUCAGUGGCAAUUUAAGUUUAAGUUCGUGAUCUCUACGUGAAAUUUCGCAUUGAGAUUCUUUUCUUUUAUUAGUUUUUUUUCAUCUUGCAUUUCUGCGCUUUUGGUAAAAAUGGAGGCUAAGAUAAGAGGAAAGUCUCAUCAUUUCCAUGGUCCAGUGGUGUCGGAUUUGAAGGCUGUUGGAAAAAAGAGUUUGGAAUGGGAUUUAAACGACUGGAAAUGGGACGGCGAUCUUUUUGCAGCUACUCCAUUGAAUUCCGUGCCAUCAGAUUAUCGGAGUAGACAGUUGUUCCCUGUUGGACCUGAAAUUCCAGCAACUGGAGGUUUAUUCACCGGUUCAGCUUCUUGUUCUGAUAAUAAUGACCUGGGAUUAGAGAAAGAAAAGAGAGAAUUGGAGAAGAGAAGGAGGGUCGUGGUUGCCCAAGAUGAAGACUUUACUGAUGAUGCUGCUGGGUCCCUUAAUUUAAAGCUUGGUGGUCAAGCCUAUCCAAUUUUGGAUGAAGAUGCCAAGAGUGGAAAGAAGACAAAAUUUAUUGGGACUGCUUCAAAUCGUGCGGUUUGUCAGGCGGAGGAUUGUAGGGCUGACCUUACCAAUGCCAAGGAUUAUCACCGACGGCAUAAGGUUUGCGAUAUUCAUUCCAAGGCCAGUAAAGCACUGGUGGGAAAUGUUAUGCAGAGGUUUUGCCAGCAAUGUAGCAGGUUUCAUGUUCUUCAAGAGUUUGAUGAAGGGAAAAGAAGCUGUAGGCGGCGCCUGGCUGGCCAUAACAAGCGGAGGAGGAAGACACAUCCUGAAAAUGUUGUCAGUGGGGGCUCCUUGAAUGAUGAAAACGGUAGUGGCUAUCUACUGAUAAGUCUACUGAGAAUUCUUUCCAAUUUGCCUACAAAUAGCUCCAAUCAAACAAAGGAUCAGGAUCUGCUUUCUCAUCUAUUGAGGAACCUGGCCAAUAUUGCUGGUACAACUAGUGGAAGGAGCAUAUCUGGAUUACUGCAAGAAUCUCAAGGUUUAAUAAAUGCUGGAACUACCGUUGGGACUCUUGAAAAGGUGCCCAACAUGAUUAGAAAUGGUUUUGAAUCUGCCGGGCCUUCUACUUCAGCCUCUAAGAAAGAUGAUUGCACUAAUUCUCAUGACGCAGUGAGGCCUUUGGGCCAAUUUGGGACUCCACCUGUUUCUGAUUUGGCACAGAAAAGAAUAUUCAACAAUGAUUUCCAGGGUGGAAUUCCAGAAGCCAUAUCAGGUCCGCAGUCCACAGAAUUAUUCCCAUCAAGGUGCAACCUUCCAACCAAAGUAAAUGAAUCGGCAGCUGUAGUUGGGAGAAUCAAGUUCAAUAACAUUGACUUGAAUAGUGCUUAUGAUGGCUCGCAAGACUGUUCAGGGAACAUAGAGAGGUCUAUUGCCCCUGUAAAUCCAGUGACGGGGUCUGCCAGUUGCCCUUUAUGGGAACAGUCAGACUUUCAUAAAAAAAAUCCACAGAUGAGCGGAAACUCAGAUUCAACAUCCCAGUCGCCUUCAAGUUCGAAUGGAGAGGCUCAGAGUCGCACGGACCGAAUUGUUUUUAAACUCUUUGGAAAGGAGCCAAAUGAUUUUCCUGUUGCUUUGCGUACACAGAUCCUUGAUUGGUUAUCUCACAGUCCCACUGACAUUGAAAGCUAUAUAAGGCCAGGCUGUAUCAUAUUAACAUUAUAUCUUCGUUUGAGCAGAUCUCAAUGGGAGGAGAUCUGCCUUAAUUUGGGCACCAGUUUGAGUAUCCUUCUUAAUGCAUCUAUUGACUCUUUUUGGAGAACGGGAUGGGUUUAUGCUAGGGUACAGCAUUGUGUAUCCUUUAUUUAUAAUGGUCAAGUUGUUUUGGACACGCCCUUACAUCUAAAGAGCCAUAAAAGCUGCAGGAUCUUAAGCGUCAAACCUGUUGCAGUGUCUUUAUCUGAGAGAAUGCAUUUUCUAGUAAAGGGGUUCAACAUUUCCCGACCUACCACUAGGUUACUAUGUGCUCUGGAAGGAAAAUAUCUGGUCCAGGAAAAUUCUUGUUACUUAAUGGAUGGUGCAGAUGGAAACAAUGAUUGUCACGAGCUUCAGUGCUUAAGCUUUCCUUGCUCUAUACCAAACAUAACUGGAAGAGGCUUCAUUGAGGUAGAGGACCAUGGUCUUAGCAGCAGCUUCUUUCCAUUUAUAGUUGCGGAGCAAGAAGUGUGUAGAGAGAUCCGUGUGCUGGAGGAAGCAAUUGAGGUAGUUGAGGCUGCUGAUGACAUUCAUAAAAAUGCUGAGGGCAUAGAAGCCAAGAAUCAAGCACUGGACUUUAUACAUGAAAUGGGUUGGCUCCUACACAGAAGUCACUUGAAGUUUAGGCUGGGUCACUUGUAUCGCAACUCAGAUCUCUUCCCUUUCGGACGGUGCAAGUGGCUUAUAGAGUUCUCAAUCAAUCAUGAUUGGUGUGCCGUGGUGAAGAAACUCCUGGUUAUUCUUUUUGAGGGAACAGUAGAUACAGGGGACCAUUCAUCAAUUGAGCUUGCACUAUUGGACAUGAAUCUGCUCCACCAAGCUGUGCGGAGAAAUUGCAGACCUAUGGUGGAAUUGCUACUAAAGUUUGUCCCAGAUAAACCAUUUGGUAGACAAGGAGCAGAGCAAAAACAAGGUGUCAAUGGGAAAAAUAACAACUUCAUAUUUAAACCUGAUGUUGUUGGGCCAGCUGGGUUGACUCCUCUCCAUGUUGCAGCUAGUAAAGAUGGCUCUGAGAAUGUCUUGGAUGCCUUAACGGAUGAUCCUGGAUUGGUGGGAAUUGAAGCUUGGAGGACAGCUCGUGACAGUACCGGUUUGACCCCUAACGAUUAUGCAUGCCUGCGAGGCUACUACUCUUACAUGCAUUUAGUCCAGAGGAAAAUCAAGAAAUCAGAAAAUGGGCAUGUGGUGCUUAAUAUCCCCAAAAGCCUCCCAGAUUGCAGCACCCAAAGGAAAGAUGGGCUCAAAUCAUCGAAAAUUACUGGAUUGGAAAUUGGGAAGAUGGAGAUGCAGCAGCAUUGCAAGUUAUGUGAAAUGAAGCUGGCUUGUGGCCAAACAAGAACUUCAUUGGUUUACAGGCCGGCAAUGCUAUCUAUGGUGACCAUUGCAGCUGUUUGUGUGUGUGUGGCUCUGCUCUUCAAGAGUUCUCCUGAAGUUCUAUAUGUGUUCCAGCCCUUCAGGUGGGAGUUACUCAAGUAUGGAUCAAGCUAAAGAUAGUUGUGUAUCAAUUUUUCCAGCACUGGGUUGGACAUUUUAUUUUCUUCUUUCUUUUUGCCCCAGAAAAAAUAAGGUAGAAGCCCUAAUGAUGUGAAUAUGUAUUGAAAAUAGUUAAUUUUAAGUAAUAAUAUAGCAGGAAAAUAUUACACUA